ACGAAUACAGCGAAGAAGGGAAAAACGCACGUACGCCAAGUCGUAAUUUAUUUUUUCUAGAUAUUACGAUCAGUUUUGGGGUCGAGGAAGAACACUUUAUUUUUUAUGUGAGAGACUCACCAUCUGAAAACUAAAAUUAUUAGCUAGUAUUGUUCUAUUUGUUUAUUUGUCGUCGUUAGGAAGAGUGGUGGGUAAACAGCUAGCUGUUAGCUAGCCUAGCCGAUGCUGGUUCCUUGACUCCCUGCUUCCCUAUAGCUGUAUGUGGAGGUAAUCUGGACAGUGGACCUACAAAAUGCAGUUUAUGUUAUUUAACAAGCUGGCGAUUGAAAUUGAUAUUAUCUUAUGCACGCUUUGAGUGCACAGGGCAGCCGAAAUUUAAACUAACAUUUAUCUCGCAAGCAAGGUGUAUAAACUAGCAGAGAGAGCAAACUUGGAUAGCUUGCUAGUGUUAGCUAAUUUGUAGAAAUCUUCUUAAACUUCAUCGUUUACAGGUACAUUUGUAAUUUAAGAAGAACGUAUUCACAAUUCGACGCAAUGGCCGGGUUCGCUAGUUCUCAGAAGUUUAGCAUCUGUGCUGAUCUGGAAACCUCGCAGUACUUGUGAGUCUUCAAACUCAAGUGAAGGUACCGCGAGUUGUUUCUCUGAAUUCAUAUAAAAUUUACUUUUGGUACCUGUUGUUAAAGUCAGAUUUCUAGAUUUCUACUCUGAUCCUCUCUGACCUCUAAUAUGAGCGAUUCAAAGGGUGAGGGUGAUGCUCCCAACAGCCUGUCCAACAGAGACACCAUCAAUGUGCCUGAUGACUGCUCUCUGACUGACUCAGACCCUGAUGAGCUUUCAGAGACCUUUGGAAGAAAGGUUGAGGACUUGUCUUCAUCCUCCGAAGAGGAGGAGGAAGUUCGGCCUGCUAAUCCCAUUCUUCAAGGAAAGCCUGCCUUCAGGUUGACGGGCGGAAGCUCGGGCUUCUCUGACCGCAGCAGAAGCAUAUUUGACCAGCUGGACAGUGCUGCCAAGCUCACAUCGACUCGACUGGCUGAAGACAAUGUCCUUGAUGGUGCAUUCGCCCGCCCUGCCCCACCAUCACCACCGCCUGCUCCACUGAGAUACAGCGCAGCCUCAGAGGGUGCUAAGAAAGUUAUGUCGGGCAAACGAGUGCCAGACUACCUGGCUCACCCUGAGCGCUGGACCCGCUACAGUCUGGAGGACAUUCCUGAGACCGGUGAGCAGGAGAACAAGCAGGUGGCCCUUCAGUUCAUCCAGGGACUCCAGGAGCGGAGGAGGUCCCAAGAAGCCACUGUUGGGUCCUUCACUCCAGCCUUCAACCAGGACCACAAUAGCAGCUCUGACCAUAAGAUUAUCUUCACCAAGCCUAGUCAGACCUCCAAAGACGAAUGCCGAAGCGUGCUGAAGGUCAACCGGGCUAAAGGGAGGGAGGUGGGCCUGGGCCACCUAGAUGCUGGCCAGGAGGAAGAGAGCGGAGGGAAUGCGACCUCUCUUCAUCACACUGAGAAACAGGCGGAGAAGAAAAGGAAGCGGGCAUCUGAGGAGGAGGAGGAGGAGGAGGAGAAGGCCAACAGAGAGCAAGGAACAGCAAGUCACAUUGCCUUCAGCUGUGGAAAGAAGGUGAACCGAAAGAACUUUCGUAAAGCAGCUGAGGAAGAGGAUGAGGACUAAAUGCUUUGAAGCUCUAAAACGUAAUCAGCUGUGCAUGUACAUAUGUCAUGCUAUGAUGUCCUACUUAUAUAUAUUUAGAUCUUAGCCUGCAUCCUGUAAUAUUUUGUUACAGAAACAAUAAGAGGCUUCGUGCACAUACAUGUGCAGUGUGGUAAAUCAAGAUUCUGUAAUUUCUUGAUAGUACAUUUUUCAUAUCUACAGUGAAGCCUGGAGGUUCAGUGUUUUAUAUGUAUAAAGCAAUACUGUAAAGUACUGAGAAGUGGGUUAUUUGUGAGCAAUUUUCAUGAAUAAAUUAAAUUUGAUUCCA